AUGAAGCCAUUAUCGAUACUUAACCGCCGUUGCGGUCCUGUAUUUAGCAGAGCCUAUACCACAAAAUCAUCAUCAUCCAUAAUCUCAUCACUCAAAGCCCACCCACCAAAGAUAAUAGCAGACUAUCUGACUCCAAUGCCCUCUCAUCUCCUCACCACCACAAUUAACGACCUUCUAUAUCCUUUGCCCACGGAGUCAGAAAUAUCAUCGCCUCCUCGCGCUCUUCCCCAAGGCCAUCAUCUUGUUUACUUCCCCAUCCAAUUGCCUCCCUCGCGUCUAAUUCCUGAUGGCGCAGAUCCUGAUCAUUCGCCUGGCCCGCCUUAUACGCGGCGUGUAUGGGCAGGCGGCGAGGUUGUUUUCAGAGGAGAUGAGAUGAAGCUUGAUGCGAGACCGGCGAUCUGUAAGGAAUCGAUUGAGGAUGUUACCUUGAGAGGCAAAGAGGGCGAGGAGAAGGUGUUUGUUGAUGUCUGGAGGAAGUAUGGAACCGGUCAUGAGAUUGACGGGAGGACAGAGUGGGACAUCGAAGAGAGGAGGACGUUGGUGUUUAUGAGGGACGAAGAAAGGUCUGCCUCGCCACCUUCACCUCCACGUUUGCUCAAGUACCCUCAACAACCGAGGUACUCAACCUCGCUCACACCUUCACCGAUACACCUCUUCCACUUCUCGGCGCUCUCAUUCAACGCUCACUCUAUUCACUUCGAUCCCCAGUUCGCGCGAGAAGUUGAUGGUCACCGAGCACUUUUGGUCCAUGGCCCGUUCACUCUUGCUCUGAUGCUUCGCUUCCUCAACGACCGAAUCGGCGCUGGUGUAGCCGUAUACAAGUUCAGCUACAGGAACUACGCGCCUUUGUACGUCAAUGAGCGCAUGACCAUUAAUAUCCGCAAAGUUUCGAAAGAAGACGUCGCUGAAGGACGAUGGGAUGUUUGGAUCGAGGGGCCACAAGGAGGAAUGGCUGUCAAGGGAACAGCGGAUGUUGCCACCAAGUAA